UGGUGGUGGCUGUGGAUGACGGAGACACUCAGACUCUGGCAGGUGCAUCUUCAGCUGCCCUCGCACUUUGGGCUCCUCGGGGAGGAGGGGCUGGAGCCCUGGCCCACCGUUAGCACAAUGAUCCUCAGGCUGCUUCUGGCUCUCAACUUCUUCCCCUCAAUUCAAGUAACAGAAAACAAGAUUUUGGUGAAGCAGUUGCCCAGGCUUGUGGUGUACAACAAUGAGGUCAACCUUAGCUGCAAGUACACUCACAACCUCUUCUCAAAGGAGUUCCGGGCAUCCCUUUAUAAGGGAGUAGAUAGUGCUGUGGAAGUCUGCGUUGUGAAUGGAAAUUACUCCCAUCAGCCUCAGUUCUACUCAAGUACAGGAUUCGACUGCGAUGGGAAAUUGGGCAAUGAAACAGUGACAUUCUACCUCCGAAAUUUGUUUGUUAACCAAACGGAUAUUUACUUCUGCAAAAUUGAAGUCAUGUAUCCACCUCCUUACAUAGACAAUGAGAAGAGCAAUGGGACCAUUAUCCACGUGAAAGAGAAACAUCUUUGUCCAGCUCAGCUGUCUCCUGAAUCUUCCAAGCCAUUUUGGGCACUGGUGGUGGUUGGUGGAAUCCUAGGUUUCUAUAGCUUGCUAGCAACAGUGGCUCUUGGUGCUUGCUGGAUGAAGACCAAGAGGAGUAGGAUCCUUCAGAGUGACUAUAUGAACAUGACCCCCCGGAGGCCAGGGCCCACCCGAAGGCACUACCAACCCUACGCCCCAGCACGCGACUUUGCGGCAUACCGUUCCUGACAUGGACGCCUAUCCAGAUGCAAGCCGGCUGGCAGCGCUUCACCUGCUCAACACAACUGCUCUGGAUAGGAAAAAACUGCCUCGUCUUCAGCCGGCCACCAGCUCCCAUUAGGGGCUCCUAUUAGGCCAACGAUGCCAAUGUUUCUUGAAUGACUAGACCAAAUAACAUUUUGAGGCUCUGAAAUGAAGUUAAGGAAUAUUGCUGUGGCAGGCUCUAUCUUGUAGUGCCAUGACCCAAAUUUCAACUUACCAUGUAUUUAUUGACUUGAUCAAGAGGUUACAGUAGAGAACAAAAAGCCAGUGGAUUCUGUUAGCCUUGAAAUCUGUUUUCCAUUUCACUUCUUUUUCAUCUCACUCACCUGAACACUGUGGCCAAGUGGAGUGUCAUAUGGAAGGACUUUUUAGAUGGAGAAGAAAGGUUACAAAACCAUUCCUUUUGGUUAAAGAGGGGUUUAGGGUGGGGGUAGGUAAGGGUGGGGGAGGGGGGAGACUUCAUAUUUUUAAAAUCAUUAAAACACUGUCUCUCAUUCAUGAAAUGAGCCACUAGUUCCUAUUUAAUACUUUUGGUUAAGAAAGAUAUAGACAUUGUGUUUUUUGUUUUUUUGUUUUUUUGAAUUCUGGUCAUAUUUAGUCCUUUGGACCAGUGGAAUACCUUCAAAGCAAUUUGAAGCAGUCUCGCUCUUCUUACUCCCUGCAAUGGGAAUUCAAUGUAGUAUUGACAAUAUGAUUUGAAAAGAAUAAAGCAGUUCCCCCAAACCACAGAAGAAUGUGUCAGGAAAUGAAACCACCCGAUGUCAAAAUUAUUUGAAUACUAUGAAGUGUUAUUUCUUUAGCAGAUCAUUCCAGUCACAUCAUAGAGGGGGCUUUUCUGUUCCAUAUAUUUCAGAUUUGCUGGGUUGGUCUCUUUGUUAUCUGUGCAGAAAUCUAAAGUGGGAUGCUGAAAGCGUAUCCAGAGCAGCAAUCAUACUGUGAAAAAGGGGUGUUAGUACUCAUUAGGGUAUAUGGAGGAUGAGUCCCAAGAUGCUUCUUCUAAAGGAGGAGAAUAGAAGGGAAUGAUGCGACUCUUGCCAGUGUGCUCAGGGAGUGGCUGGCAUCUGGUGGAAGAUUUCCAGAAGACAACAGGCAAAAGGAAAUGUGGCAAGAACUCCUUUACAGAGACUUUAUGUGCUUUAGGGCUCAGCGCUCCAGAACUCUGUGGGUUCAGCUGUGUGUUUACUCUGGAGGUCCAAUGACAUGGAAAAGUAUUUUGGAGUAUGUCUUUUGAGUCCACAUCAAAGUUCUCAAGAUACUCAACAAAGCCUGACCCUGUAAAGCCUGACCUUGUAAUGAGCACAGAUAUUUUUCUGCCUCCGGUUUGGGUCAAAUGGAGUAUGCCUGCGGACCUUGAAGAAGAGCUUUACUGCUGCCUUUACAAUUUGUUCAGUGCCUCGAUUUAUUCAGACGUUAGAGGAGUCUAGGUUGUAGAAGCAGAUGAAAUAGAUCUUGUCCAAGUCCCAUUACUAGCUGGCCUCAGGCAAGUUGCUGACUUUCUAAGACUCUGGCUUUUCAACUAUAAAAUGGAGGUAAUGAUCAUAAUGUACUGGACCAGUGAUGUACUGCUCUGUCCCUAGACUAUAAUCUCCAUCAGGGCAUGGCCCAAAUUUGUCCUUUUUUCAUGCUUGUCCCUGAUGCUUAGUACCAUACCUGACAAAUAAUGUUAGCUAUUAUUAUUAUUGCCAUAUAAAUUAUGUAUAAAGAUUAAACUGGGAAAUGCCCCGAGAAGGGGAAGAAUAUUGUAACACAAAUUUAAACCCACUACCCAGGGAUAAGGUGCUAUAAAAUUUGAGAAUCUCUUAACUUCUGCCAUUUUCCUGUUUUGGAAUAUUUUAGCUUGUAAUGAAAUGUACAGCAUUCUGCCCCCCACUUUUAUGUAUAGAAAGAAGUCUUCUUUAAUUUUUUUUUUGUGUGUGUGAUGUGGGGAGGGAUAGGAAUCCUAUGAUUUCAGACAGAAAAUAUUGUACUUCAGUUGACUUUGAAAUGGGCUUCCAUUCCAUGAAUAUAAUUAACCCAAAGAAGGUCAAACUCGCUAGUACUUGGGUGACAAAAACUGAAUUUUUACUGGCACGUGUGCUGCAUUGCCAGCCUCUUGGCACACAGAGUUCUUUAAUCCAAGUGACUGGAUUGGAUUUGAAAAUGAUAGAGCUAGAGAAUUUUUAGAAAGGGCAAUGUCAAAACAUAAAUUUCAAAAAUGGAAAGAUUUGAUCUUUGGUAAAAAAAAUGGUUUUAUUUUCUGAUGGGAAAAAUAGGUCUACUAAAGAUGAAUCACACUUUAGAUUUCUCUUACUCACUCUGAACAGAGCCAAAGUAGAAAUGUUAACAGGGAAGUCCAUUUUCAUUAUUAGUAUGAGCCAAGAAAUGGUUUAAAAACAGUGGUUGGAGCAAUGCUUUUACAGUUUCACAUAAGGUAAUUAUGAAGAAAAUAAUGCCAUUUGCUGCUAUUAUUGUAACAGUCUCAUAGUUAACAGUAUUUCUAUAAUUUUUGAUUGUGAACUCACUUAUGUUGGACUAAGCAUGCCAGUUUAAAGAGACCAAGUGUACAUUAUGUUCUGUGUACUCAGUGGUAAAAUUACUGAACUGUCACGUACCUGUUUUUAAAUUUAUGCUUUAGUAUUUGUCUUUCAAAGCAGGUAUGCUUCAGUUUUGGCCAUGAAUCUGGAGAAAACUUGCUAUUUAAAAAUGGUGUGGGAUAAAUCUUUUAAAGUAAAUCUCCAGUUUAGCUUUUUAAAAAAAAACCCAAACGUUCAGAUAGUAGUUUUAUUUCAAGCAAGGUACACUCCUGGUUUGUUUACUUGGCUUUAGUCACAAUUUCUCAUCAGACCAAUGGUUUAGAUCUUUGAGAUGUCAGGCUGUGCAUUUUGUGUGAUGUGAAUGUUCUACGAGAGACAUCAAACUUUAGUCUUGACCCCAUCAGUCCCUUGGGUUAACUAACGGAUCCACUAGUUAUCAUGGCUAAUUUAAUGGAGAUGUUGAUGGUUAAAUGGAUGUUAGAUCCCUCAUUUCAGCUUUUUGCUCUGCUGGAUAAGAGCCACAGCCCACCUGGGGACUGACCCCAAAGUGUUAAGUUCAAAUGCAUUCUGGAGGUUAGAGAUGGUGGCAGUGAUGGACCCAGAACUAGGGUCAUCACUGCUGUAGACCUGUAAUUGACCCAAGUCAAGGACAGUGGCAAGGAUUUUCUCAAGUCCUGGGCUGAGUGACUUCUCACUCUAAGCACAUUUGAAGCUCAGGAAAUCUCUCCUAGAGGUAUAUGCAUACUUUCCAACAUAUUUCUCCUCAAACAUCACAGGCAUGUUUCCAUCUCGGGGCUUUUACACAUACUCUUUCCUUUGUCUGGAAUGUUCUCUUCUGCUAUCUAUCUGGCUUGCUCCCUCAUUUCCUUCAGGCCUCUGCUCAAAUGUUACUUUCUGCCCUAGUUAAUACCCCCACUUGCCCCACCAACCCUAUAUACUUUCCUUGGUUGCCUUGUUACCAUAGCAUUUCACCAUCUCUUAUGCAAGAUUUUUAAAAACUUAUUUAUUUGUUUAUUGUUUGUUUCCCCAAAGUAGAAUGUAAGAUUCAUGAGGGAUGGAACUUUGUCUGCUUUGUUUAUUGCCAUAUCCCCAGUGCCUAGAAAAGUACCUGGAAUGAAAUGUAUAUUUAUUGAUUAAAUGAAUGAACUGCAUACACCUUAUGUAGUAAUGGUCAGCUUAAAUGUACUAAUCAUACUCUGAGAAGGAGAGAGUCAGCUCUGUUUUCUACUUUUCUAUUAAUAAGUUCAAAAAUCCAUUUUAUCAGUGAAACAGGAGGUAAAACAUAUAUAAUACACAGCCAAACUUGAUGAAAGAAAACCUGAUAGAUAGAAGUUCAUUCACAUUUUAGAAAUUUUUGUGCAGUGAUGAAAACCAAUACUGUUAGAAUCAUCUUAAAAGGUCAUGCUAAAUAAGCCACAGACAAGAGUAAGUUGCUUUUCCAUUGUAGUUCCCAAAUUUACUCUUAACAGAGUAUCGACCAUGUUUUAAACAUGACUUUAGACUGAGACUUCUAACACUGUUGCCUUGGUAGUUAAAAUCCCAUCUCACUAUGAACUGCUACUCAUUUCUCUCUCUUUUUUUUUUUUUUUUUUUUGACCCCAGCAAAUUCUAUAAAUGCCUUGCCUGGCUAUGAUUCAAAAAGAGCUCACAGAUGAGAAUGCUGGGGAUAGAUAAUUUCAGCUUCUUUAUCUGUCAUGCUCAUAACUGAACACUCUAAUGGCUUGUAACAGUUUAAAAAUAAAAGACCAACAACAAACAAAAUAGUGGCACUUUUAGUAAAUUGAAAAUUCAAAUCAGAUAUGUUAAUCACCAGACACACACACACGCACACGCACACACACACACGGCUAUCAUCUUGCAGGUAGGGGAAGGCCCUUGAAAAAGAGACACAGAGCUUGUCUGAUAAUUUACAUAGCGGCUCCUAUUUAUUUAAUUGCAAACUCUUCUUUGAAGGUGGCCUGACGUUAGAUAGGUGUACCAUGAGUUCUUCUCCAAAGUGACUCUUCUUUGUUGAAGUGGAGCUCAUUAAAUUUAAUAAAGGUAAACUUGAAAAAGAUGAGUUUAUAUGCAUCCUCCUACUCCAAAAAACCCUGAACUUAGCUAAUCACUCAUGAAUUCAAUUGGACGAACCAAUUCAAUCAGAAAGGGACAAGACUGGUAAAAAUCAGCCAUUAAAUGUAUCUGCUCAAUAAGUGCUCCUUUAUUGGGCUAAUAAAAAUAGUGUAACCUAGUUAUGUAAAAAGGUUCUAGCACCUUGAAACCCAAGUUCAAAGUGAAAUCAAAUGCAAACUUAAUAACUUUACCUAACAGAUCUCCCACCAUGUUCUAACUACAUAACUAUUGAAUGAUAUAAUUGCUCACAGCCCUGAAUUACCUUUUUUUCUCUAGUCUGAUAAAAAAUAUGGAUUUUUUUAAGCAGUAUCCUUUCUCCUCUCUCAUCUUGCCUGUAACAGAGAUAAUGGAUGAGUGAGAAAAAUCAAAGAAACUUCUAGAUCCAUCAUAAUGGAGGCCAAACCACCACACCGGCAGCAGCAACUGGAAUGGUCUGAGAGUCAUUACAAGACCCUUGUUUGGUAACUUAUUUGUGUCUCCUAAGUUGAGGCACUGCCUCACUCUUGACUUUUCGUCAGUGGUACUCAGAAGUUUGGUUCUUAAGGAACAAAUCUGCAUGGGUGGAUCUCUCCACUGUCUCUGAUGGCAUCCCAAAUGAAUGGAUGCUUUCCCUUCGAAGAUUCACAGGCUCUCACAACUUAGAAACCCAGACCACUGUCCAGAGCAGAAUGUAGUACACUUUUGUGGUAUUUCUUUUGUUCUUUUCAGGGUGUGUGGACACUUGGGCUCCAUACUUGAAAAAUGCUCGGGAUGAAAUACAGGUGAUCCAAGAAUAUUUUGUCUUUUCUAAGCUGACCUCAUUAUUGAGACUACUCAAAAGGCCAGAAUGUAUGCUUUCCAAAGACCAGCUACGUAUCCUGUUUGCCUGAUUAAAUUGUGAAAGGUGUUGGAGUGCCAGGAAUUCAAGGGGACGAAAAGUCACAGAAGGGUGAAUUUAUCCUAGAGUAGGGGUGGACUAGAUUCUCCUUACAUUGCCUCUUGAUAGUGCUGUCUUGAUGACAGAUUUAAACACUCCUCUGGCUCCAAAGAACAAGUUGUGAGAGCUGGGUGGAAAUGUCAGUUGAAACAGAAGAGCAGCAAACAGCUUUGUUUUCCUAUAGUUGUGGUUUUACUUGGUGAUGAUGACACAUGAAGAUGAAAAUGUGCAGCAUGAACUCCAGUUGUUAUCUGAGUGAGCAUCUCUGCCAACACUGAAGGAUAUGUGUGGGUGUCACCUGCAAGCAAAGAGAGAGAGAAAGAAAAAGAGGCCCUGUUUCGGAAAGAAGAGCCAGUUAAUCAAAGAUCAACAAGUGGUGAUGUUUAUUUCAUGAGCUUUAUCUUUGAUUUCCUUCCCCUCGUUAAUCUUCAAGUCUCAAUUUUGUCUCUGGACUAAAUAUAUAAGUGUCUGGUGAUUGAGGAAGGGGUGGAAAGGUGGGCUUGAAUGGGGAUCAUGGCCAUUACUAUAGUCAUUUGGUCAUUUUUUCGUCUCCUGGGCACAGAUUAACAAUUGAUAUGUUAGCUUCUAAAUGGUAUGUUAGCUUCUAACUUUUGAGAACCUGUGGCAUAUUAUGCAAGGAUAGACAAACUUGAGAUUGCUGUUGGGACCCUUUUUCACUCCCAACCCUGUGCAACUCUUGUUUCACUUGUUUUAUGCUUCUUCCUCCUUCCUUCCUAUUCAUUCGUUCAAUAACUAUUCAACGAGCACCUGCUCAGCUCUAAGAAAUGGGGUAGAUACUGGGUAUGUGGCAGUGAGCAACACGGACAUUAUUAUCUCCACACUUACGAAAUGUAAAAGGUAGACUUUAUAUAGCCCUUUUCCUUCUUCUUUAAACACGCUCCUCCUCUUGGUAACCAUUUAGUCUUAAUUAUGGGCUCAGACCUUCAUGUGGCUGUUUGAUAACCUCUGUUCUGUUGGUUUGCCUGAAAUCUAUUUCUUUGAGAUGUUCUUAUUUAACAUUUCUA